GUGGACGAAUCAGUCGGUUAUGCUUAUGCGUUUCUGGGCAAUACUUAUCUCUAUCCAGCUGCUGUUCAUUCAUGUUCAUCUGGUACAUGUUUUCUGGGCACUGCUAGAUGGCCUAGUACCUGGCGCAGAGGACGGAACGAAUUAUCAAGCAGUUUAUGUGAUUAAACUGCCGUUGCCGGAAGACGAAUCAAAUUUCGAAUGUGAUUUUGACUUUAAUACUACGGUGAAGUGUGAGCUCAAGUACAUAGAGAAG